UUUCCAUACCCAAACCGUUUCCUAGAAUCGCCAUUGGUUCUUGUCUUAAUAAAUAUAGGUACUUAAUUCUAGUGUCAAAAGAAGGAUACUGUCCUGCAUCGAGGUCUAUUAUUGACAUCAUGUCUACAACUCCCUCGGGCUCAGUUCUCCUCUCCCGUGGAACGAUUAUAGCAUUCAACGAAGAGACUGAGGCUAUCGAGGUAGUUCGGAAUGGUUCCUUACUAAUUAGCGGCGACCGCAUUGCGGGGAUUUACGACACUGCUCGUCCGGAUAAUAUACCUUCGAAUACAGAAAUCGUUGAUUGUACGGAUAAGAUCAUUUCUCCUGGCUUCAUCGACACGCACCGACAUGGCUGGCAAACGGCUAUGAAGACCUUAGCCCCCAACACUACUCUACCAGAUUAUUUAGGUCGCUAUGCCGGGCAUGCACCUGCGCUCAUCUACUCAGCCGAAGAUGUGUACAUCGGACAACUUGCAGGGUUGCUCGAGGCUCUCAACGCCGGUGUAACAACUACGCUUGAUCACGCUCACAACACUUGGUGUAAAGAGCGAACGAAUGCUGGUCUUCAGGCAUCUGUCGACAGCGGAGCUAGGGUGUACUGGUGCCCUGCGUUCUCUCAUCACGACGCUUACUCGCUUACGGAUCAAAUCGCCAAUUUCAAAGAGUUAGCUAAGUCUAAUUCGGCAUCUAGCCUAACCACCGUAGGUGCCGCAUAUGAUCUUUGGACAAUAUCUCCGCCAAAGGACGUUGAAGCUGUGAUUUCCGUCAUUAAGGAGUUGAAGAUUCCGGUGUUGACAACCCACCAUCUGGGGGGUCCGUGGUCGAUUGAUAACUCACCAGAACUUCUUCACCGUCUCGGAAUUUUGGACACGGAGACGGCGGUCGUCUUCUCCCAUUCUAUGGCCAUUACGCCGGCAGGGGCCAGCCUUCUUCGAUCGACUAACCAGUUCAUCUCGAUAACGCCCGAGUCGGAGAUGCACUAUGGCCAUUCUCACCCAAAUGCGCAUCUGAUACAGGAGCAAAGCUCGCUUGGUGUAGACACAUUCUUCACCUUCUCAACAGAUCUAAUGACCCAAGCGCGAAUUUGGCUUCAGCGAACUCGCUCUAGGGUCUACGACCAAGUCCUCGCGGAUUGGAAGAUCCCUAAAAAUAAUCCAAUGUCCGUCAACCAAGCCUUUCUGAUGGCCACUCGGCAGGGUGGACUCGCGCUCAGACGCCCCGACUUAGGCGUGAUCCGCGUCGGUGCAAAGGCGGACUUAGUGGUCUUCAAUGGCCGGUCGCCUGGAAUGCUAGGAUGGCUUGAUCCCGUCGCGGCGGUGAUUUUGCAUGCGAACGUUGGAGAUAUCGACCACGUAAUAGUGGAUGGCAAGUUUCAGAAACGAGACGGAAAAUUGACUUACGACAAUUAUGAUGCAGUCGUGGACCGUUUCCUUGCAAGUGUAGAAAGAUUACAGAAAGCCGCUGUCGGAAGCCCCGCGCCUGUUCUCGAGGGGCGUUUCUGGGGAGGUUGCGAAUAUGGCCAUGCCACGGAAGUAAAUAUUUCCCGGGGGUCCGGCACAGGCUACGGAAAGCAGUUCGUCGAGAAGUAAGGAUCUUUAUAGCAAGAAUCUGGCGUGUGUUAGGUGUCUAGGAAACUCAACUCCGGAGUUAUCUUAUUCAAGGCAUGUAUAAGUACUCGUAUUGGAUCGCGUGACUUGGUGUCGAGGAUACUAGCGAUUUUAUGUGUCCUGUCGAAGUUAAUGUAUUCGGAAUAUUCCGUACAUAUGGAGAGCCUGGUAGUUUCAUUCCAGCGAUAAGUUGAAUUUGGUAAUCUCUCCUCGAGGCCGGAGUUAGACCACUUCUUAUCAUUUCAUUAUAUCGUUAAUAUAUCCCCACGUUUAUUUUAUUUACCUUUGAUAUAGGUAGGUAGCUAUACGGGUCACGAAUAUUUCAUACGACACUUCCUUUUGAUCAAAAA